AUGUCCACAGACCAGACCGACGUUGUGCUGUCUUGGACCGAACAAGUUCAUCUAAAGACAUUCUUUCCACCCAUUCAUUCCAUUCAAAACGAUCAACCCUCUCGUUCUCGUGGUCUUAGUAGUGUCAGUGACGUGGUAGCUCGAUCGAUUCGACGUCGAGGCGUUUCGAUAGCACGUUCUCAAUCUGGAAUCACGACCAUGUCAAUUCAUCGAAAGCGUAAAGUAACUUUUAAAAACAUGUAUACACCUGAUGUCGUUCCACCACCAAAGGUCGAGAGUUAUGAUGAAUUGGUGUUUAAUGUGGCUGGUUUAUUUCAUACAACGUCUUUCUUACAUGAUCCAGAAGAUUGGGGUGAUGAAGACCCGAUUGAAAAAAGUCUGGCAUCAUCGGAUGAAGACUUUUGUGAUCCAGAACCACCAUUGGAACGAUCAAUUCCACUCAUGAUUGCUGAAUUUCUUUAUCGAUCGGCCAUAUUCUUAGGAUAUCCACAAGGGGAUACACCAUGGUUACCAGGAUUUCGACAAGACAAGAAAUUUUCAAGUAAUGACGUGAAGCGUUGGCGACGUCUUGCACAUUUUGACUGGGAAGCAGAAGAGAAGGAAUUCUUGAAACAUCAUCCACCAAGAUUAGCACGUACUGAUUCAGUAGAGUCAAAUGGUCAUACGUCCGUCAUGUCGACGAUUGGCACAAGCUUUCGAUUGCAAAAUCAACAGGACAGUGUUGAUUCAGACUCGAGUAGUCGGAGUCAAGACAGUCAAGUGUCGGGAAAGAUGAAGUUUCGAAGCGCUGUGACGGGCUGGGUUCGCAAACACCAGCGGCAGCACACUCAGGAGCAGGAUAGCACUAAUGAUGCAGCAAAACACGAGCUUGAAUCCAAUAAUGCUGAUGAGACGAAGAGACAUGGCAAACACAAACCCGUGUCGUGGCUUAAUCCACCGCCGAUCUCGUCGUCUCGAAGUUUGCGACUGCUUGUGGACAUUAUCAAUUCGUGCAUAUAUUGUGGUCAAUUCCAGUUUCGGAAGCGCGAUAUUGUUCGUCUUUGCAAUGUCAAGAUUUAA